CUUCGCUUAAGCAGUGAAACAACGAAGCAAAGCAAAUUAUCGCAUUUUAUUUUGUGCUCUUAUUGAAUUUUAAGUGGAAAGCAAGUUCAAAGCGAGCACGAGGAAGAAAAUACUUUUGAAUUGAAUUUUGCUUUGCUGUCGUGUCGUUGUCGCUGUCGUCGUCGUCGUUUCCACCUCCGACUCCGUCGCCUUUGCCUAUUCCUUUGUCCGCAGCCGUCGCCGUUGUCGUUGUCAUCGCCUUCGUCUUUCUUUUGUAGUGUAAAAGAAAACGCUGAAACACGGUAAAAGGCGAGGAUAAAUUAAAAGUUUUCAAUUAUUCCGUGAAAAUUUUUAAUUUUAUUGUAAAUUAUUUAUAAGAAUAAUACAAGUAAUUUAUACGUACUUGUAAUACCUUUUCCUGUGUUUCUACAAAUAAAAAGCUAUCAAAAUGUUUAUCUGGGAUUGGUUCACUGGUGUCCUAGGAUACUUGGGUCUGUGGAAGAAGUCUGGUAAGCUAUUGUUCCUUGGUUUAGAUAACGCCGGUAAAACAACAUUAUUGCAUAUGCUCAAAGAUGAUAAGCUAGCACAGCACGUACCAACUCUACAUCCCACAUCAGAAGAACUGUCAAUUGGUAACAUGCGAUUCACCACGUUCGAUCUGGGGGGUCACACUCAAGCACGUCGCGUUUGGAAGGAUUAUUUCCCUGCGGUGGACGCAAUUGUAUUUUUAAUAGAUGCUUGGGAUCGUGGUCGCUUCCAAGAGAGUAAAAUCGAAUUAGAUUCAUUGCUAACAGAUGAAGCGCUCUCAAAUUGUCCCGUGUUAAUUUUGGGUAACAAAAUCGAUAAACCAGGUGCCGCAAGCGAAGACGAGCUUAGAAACGUCUUCGGUCUCUAUCAGUUGACAACCGGCAAGGGUAAAGUGCCACGUUCGGAGUUGCCAGGACGCCCACUGGAAUUAUUCAUGUCUUCAGUACUGAAGCGACAAGGCUACGGCGAAGGUUUCCGUUGGUUAGCGCAGUAUAUUGAUUAAAAAUAAUUCACAACUUUCAAACUAAAAUUAAAAUAAAGUCGGAUAUGUGGCACUUUUACACAAUACAACAAUCGCCAAGAAAUCAGUCAAUAAAAUCGCAAAUAAUUCAAGGAAUUCAAACCGAGAAUUAAGAAAUGCUAUUACGAUUUAAUUAUAAUCUUCAAGUAGGGAAACCAACUCAGACAUUCAUGAAAUCUAAGUUAAAAUCAGUGUCGAAGCAAAAUGCGGAUAAAAAAAUUCGGGUAAAGCAAUGUGAGGGAAACGGUUAAAUUUAAAAUAAGCAUAGCUUAAACAUGAAUCAUUACGCAAAAGUACAGAAACCCGACAACCAAGAAAAAACAUCCUAAGCGCUUGGAAGGUAGUAUGUAUUUUUUAAUUCUAAACGGUAAUGCAAGCGGAUAUUUACCAUUUCAAUACCAUUUCCAAAACUUUCGCUCUAAGUUAGCUGCAAUUUGUCUAAUUUUUGUUUAGAAUUUCCAAAUAAACAAUUUUAUAAAAUCUACAAUGA